GCAAUGGAGGAAGCCCCGGCGGUGUCCCUGGUGAUCCACGGGCGCAAUGCGGAUGAGGGCGACUUGACCGUUCUGGUCACCCGCGAAGGUGGUGGCGCGCGCCUGGGAGGCCGUGCCUGCGGCAGCGCCUGCGGCGGUGGCCGCGCCUGCGGCUGCGCCUGGGCGGUGGCCGCGAGCCUGCGGCGGUGGGCAGCGCCUGCGGCGGUGGCCGCGCCUGCGGCUGCGGCAGUGGCCGCGGCGGCAACCGCGGCCACGCCCGCGACAGUGGCCGCUCCGGCGGCGGCGGUAGCGCCUGCGGCGGUAGCCGGGCCGCCCGCGGCGGUAGCCGGGGUGGCGCCGGCGCUGAUCGCGGUGAAGGCUGCUCCGCCAGCGGUGGAGCCUGCGGCCGCCCUGGGCGCGGCAACGAGCUCGUCAGAUGAGACGACGUCGCCAGCUGACGCAGUGCUAGCGGCAUCUGCAGCAGCCAAUGCGGCC